CUUACUUCAGUCAUGCAAGACCUCGCUCAAGAAUAGAGCACUGUAUCGCAUUUGGAAAAAGAAUACAUUCUACAAAAUGUCUGGAAAUCAUUUUCCGGCACUUUGUGGAAUAUUUGUUAUACUGACAUGUGUUUCUUCAAGUUUUAUUAACUUUGAACCGGGAUUUGAGUACCAGUACAAGUAUGAUUCCAACGCAAUUGUGAAAAAUCUUGGAGAUUUUCAAGUAUUAGCCAAGGUCGGCUACAUCAACGUCGGUGACAGCGGCAACGGACAAGAGAUCUACGUGAAGGUGUAUGCUCUGCAGCUGAAGACCAAACACUCACAAGAUACCAUUGGCCAUCAUUUGGACUUCUCGAAAUGGUUCUCGUUUGUGAUCACGUCCCAAGGCGAGAUUCUCCAUGUCUACCACCCUCCUGACGACGACGACGAAGCUGUUGCCAUGAAGAAAGGAGCCGCCGCCAUGUUCGCGUCUCGUCUACACCACGCCACUGAGGGUCAUGUCCAUGCAACUGACGACGGCUGGGGUUAUGACGUGAGAGAAACUGGACAUGAGGGUCCUCACAACGCCACCUACUCUGUGCGGCCAACUCACACAGGUCACGUGUUCACCAAGACGAGAUAUCCGGGUCACCACCCCGUCACGCACGCAACAUCAGAUUAUACCAAGACGCUGUAUUACGACACUGCCCUUGGAACAAUGCACACCAUUCAAGUGGAGGAGAAGUUCCGGGUUAUGCAUAAGACUGCAGAAGGAUAUGACCCGUAUGAAAACAGUCGUCCUGUCAAGGCGGUCAACAACUUCACAGAAAUGGAAUUACCCGAGAUGUCAGCGCAAGGUUCAGGAAAGCUGGUGUUCCUCAGCAAACACAAGGUUGACAGUAUUCCCAGCAGACCAAAGACAAACAUCAAUAGGGCGUCCAUUCAUAUCAAAGAGGUGAAGCGCAAGAAGCCAGCAGUCAAUGUGGAGGAGUACCUGCAGUAUGUGAAGGGGAACCUCACCUGCAUGCGAAACGAGCCAGAUAAAGGUUCGAAGAAGUUGGACAAAUGCUUCACUGAACUUGUUGCCGUUCUCCGGGACUUACCUGACAAACAGUUGACUCUCCUUGCCAGACAGUACCUGACCGACAGGCCGAGGUGA